AUGCCCUGCGUGCCUAAACCCCAACAACGGUCUCCAAAUGCUUCGUUCAAUCCGGCACAUGCCCAAUAUGCAUGUUGCUUCCAGCAACUGCACUCGAAUACGGGAGCGAUUCUCAUCGCCAUCUUCCAUAUUAUCCUGUGCAGUGGUAUCUUCACGUGGCUUGUGAAAUGCAUCGGAACCGAAAAGUCUCGAAUCGAGCUGGCCGCAGAAAUAUUUCUUGCCACAUUAUGCCUAAUUGCUGCCAUUAUUCUACUUCUCGGAUUGAAACUCGAAAGUCGCAAACUUCUCACCGGUUAUGUUCUUGCUCAGUCUUUACCGUACAUCAGGGUUUGUGUUGUCGUUAUGGUAAUUUACAUGAUUACAAUCAAAUACACUGAUAGAGUUGUCUCCUGGAAAUUGAGCUCUCGUAUCAAAAGUUUAGAUACACUUCUCGUUGGCCUUCUGUUUGUACUCUUUCUCGCUCUCAUUAUGGGCAUCAAGCCAGGAAUACUCGAUGACCCUGAUCAAAACGGAUAUAAUUCAUUAGAAGAAGAACUCUUAAUCGUUUUGGAAAUCUUCAUCUCACUUGCCGUGGUCAUCAUCGAAGUCUGGUUUUUGACAAUUGUUCUCAAGUCAUACUCCUUUUUCACCGACAAAUACAAUUAUACCGGAGGUGAUCGUGAGGAAAACGUUUGA